AUGACCGUCUGGAAAGCUACAGUCGUCGUGUUUUCCAUAGGACUUAUAAUCCACGGAUUAAAGGCUCGUAAGUAUUGUAUUCAAUGUAUGAUCGAUUAAAUCUCACGCGUUUUUCCCCCAGACGUAUCUUGACUUGAGGGUUUUUCUGUAUGACAGGGCAUGAAUCGCAUUUUUCUAUUUCCAUGCUUGCUGCAUGGCAAUCUCUUAUUUUCACUUGUUUUGCCGUACCGCGCGCUGAAUUUUUAUUUAUAUGGUGUCAGCAUUGUGCUCCAGCUCGUGAAUUUUCUGCCCUUCGCCAUUGCCCUUUGUUUAUACAAUCACUUCUCUCUUUCUCUGAUGUUUUUGCUUCUUUAGUAACCAAAGAAUACGAGGCUGCUUGUAUCGAAUGAUCUUCGAGUAAUUCAAUUGAAUGUUUAAGUCACGUUAACCAAGGUUUUGCGGGGUUUUGACAACGAGUUUUGUCUACGUUGUUUAGUGUAUAAAUCGAGUGUUUGUGACCAGAUAUCAGUCUGUGUUAGUUGUCUUUUUACCGCUAAUGAAACAAUGGAAAUGCUGUGAAUAUUUAAGCCGUGAAAAUUCUAAAAAAAUUUACAAUGUUGCGUCUUGCAUGCUCCAGAAUCUCGGCAAGUUUACAAGUGUGACAUGAUGCGACGUGACCUAUCACGCAACACUAAAUCUGCAGCACUUGACUUGUCACGGGCAGUCACACUCAGAAAACAAAUACAGUUGAAACUCAAUUGAGGGGUCACCCUUACGGUACUGGCAAGUGGCCUCUCAAUGGAAGUUCGUCAUAAAUAAGCAGAAAUAUCACUUUAAUAUGAAACAAACAUGCAUCUGGAGAAGCAUUAUACUGCUCCACAAUCUGUUGUCACUUUCUCUCUCUUACUGCAUUUUCCUUCUUCAUAUUCUUAAAAUAAAGCCACGCUAAUGCACCAGUCAAUGUUUAGCCUUAGGGGAGGGGGCCAGGCAUAUCCAGGGGAAUUUGACAUUUUACCCUAUUUUCAUGUCAAAUGCUCUGUGAUUGCCCAGGGGCCAAAUGCUGGUGUCAAAUAACCCUUCCCAGGGGGUGAAUGUAUGUUUUUUUAUAAUGUUAAUGCCCCUUGAAUAAUUAGCAAUGCAUACAUAUUGCCACACAAUAAACUUUUUCUCCCUCAACUACGCGGGAUCAGUGAAUCCAAGGAAUGGAUUUUAGCAAGCACUUAUACUAUUUUAGUUGAUCUUACUUUUUACUUAGAGGUUACUUUUUUAUUUGCUUGCUUAAUUGUCCUUAAAGUAAAAACUACUAUUAGGUAUCAUUGUAACUGCCACAGUGAAUCACCACAACUCUAAUUUAAAAAUAGUUUUGAACUUUUUUAAACCUUUUUUUAAAUUUAAAAAUACAAUGUAAGACUUUGCGUGUGCCAAGGAAAUUCUUACCUUUUGAAAUAAUGGGUAUUGUACACGUAAACUGCGUUCUUCCGUUGUCUAAUAUAAAUAAAUAGGGCUGGGAAACAAAGUAAAUUUUGAAUCAAACUAGAUUGAAUACAGUAAAACCCCGGGACUAAGAACCUGGAUUUUUCCAGGUUAGCCUAAACAGGUUCUUAUAUAAAUGGUAGUUAGCACACGUUUAGGCUAUGUAGGUUCUUAAAUAGUUUCAUAGUUUCCAAGGAAAAAAUAUGAAUAUAGCUAAGAGUAUUUGCUGGUGGUUCAGUUGACAUAUCUUAUAUUGUCUAAGUGUGCAGAAGUUUUUCAUAGAUUUUAGAAAAUAAGAACCUGUUUCAAAUUUUAGGCUAAACAGGUUCUUAAAUAGAGGGGGCUUAACUGGCAAAUUUUAGCCUAUCAGGUUCUGAAAAUCCAGGUUCUUAGUCGCGGGGUUUUACUGUACUGGCCUAAUCUCACUGAACACUUAUAUUUAUUACAACUGGUUAAAAUCUUGGUGCAUGCCCUUCUUUUUUAUCUUGCAGAGAACACCGUUUGUCCUAAUGUCACCAAAUAUGGGGCUGAGUGUCCAUUGGACGUGGAUAAUGAGUGUCUGUCAGAUCAAGAGUGUUCUGCUGGACGAAAAUGUUGUCCAACGCCAUAUGAUAAUGAAGCCUGCCAACUCUUAUGUUUGGUCCCCGUACCGCAAAGUAAGAGGCAUUUAUAACAGUUUCUCCGUAAAACGAGAAUUUCUAGUCGCAGUGAACCCUUUCGAAAGCGACCGCUUAGCCUGCGAAUUUUUUUGAUCUUCCCAUAUAUAUAUAUUGUGGUCCAGGAGUGAAAAGGCUGUGGUGGUCGCUACUGUGCGUGCAAGCUUUCAAGUUAUGGCGAGCGCCGGUAGCCUGCGUGCAAGCUCUCCAAUUGGGGGAGUCGCGAGAAGUCACGCAAAAGGAGACAGCGUUCUCUGGCGGCUCGCUAGUCUGCAAGCAAGCUCUCCAUUUAUGGCGGGCAAAUUGAGCCACAAGAGAACGCCCCACGCACUCGUGGCUCUUUUCACGUGCGGUUCGUGCGUGACUUGCCGCGACUCCACCAAAUGGAGAGCUUGCUCGCAGGCUACGGCUCGCUUUGCUCGCCAUAAUUUGAGAACUUGCUCGCAGACUAGCGACCACCGCAACCCCUUUACUCCUAUAUAUGAGAAAAUUAAAAGAAAUUGCCGCUCUAAAUUUUAAAUCUGCUAAAUGGAUUUCCCCAUGGGUAGUGGUCUUUCAAACAAAAUUGUGCCGACUUUUGGAUGCUAUUUCAUUGGUAUCAAGAGGCCAAAAGGUAAAAGAAAAAAGAAAGAACAGAAACAACUUUCUCUGACUUUUCAGUGCAAGCCCAUGAACGCAGAAAGAGGACACUGUUUUUAACGGGGGAGGGCAUCUAGAACGUAAGGACCACUAGGUGAUAGUCACGCAUACCUUUUCAGUUUUGAUCUAACUAACGUUAGUCGUGUUGUUUCUUCCCACAGCCAACUGUCCCGUUCCUGUAGAUUUUGCCUUCAUCUUGGACGGCUCGGGGAGCAUAUCAUCGAGUAACUGGAUCCUCAUCAAAGACUUUGUUAAGCGCGUCAUUGACGCAUUCGAAGUGCAUGAAAAGGGAACCCAUUUCGCGUUCCUCGAGUACAGUACGGAACCAAAAGUUUACUUGAGAUUCAACGAUUUUACUGGUGCUCAGCUCAACGGCGUUAAUGUCAAGCGAAAGGUGGAAGAAAUUUUGCAAUCGAAAGGCAAGACUUUUAUUGACAAAGCUUUAACAUUGGCGAAUCAGGAAAUUUUUACUGUGGAAAGUGGUAUGAGAACCGGCGUUAAAAAGGUAAGUCAGGUCACUAAGGUUUGAAAGAAUGUAAUGCCUAGCUCGUUAAAAAUACCUUGGAUAAGGCGGGUAUUAUUAAAGUUCUAGUUUAUUAUUCUGUCAUUGCUAUUAAUCAGAUCGAUGUGAUCUUUUUUCCAGUUAUUAUAACUAGCGGCUAAAAGCGAUUUGCCAAGGGUGCUUCAUGCGUUUUGAACAGAUGGCAUUUGCAACUUAUUUACAGGAAAAUGCAAAUUUGGUGUUGGCCUGGAGAAAAAAAAAAGGAAAAAAAAGACAAAUGCCCGGGGGGGAUGGGCACGUUUGAAAUUGACUGAGCUAUUAUUCUCUACCAGAAGCGCUAAUCAUUUAAACAUACAAUCACGUGACAUGUCACAUGACCAAAAUUUCAACUAAAAGCACACGAAAACCAUACGAUUUUUUCCCAGCAACUGCGGAAGUUGCGUCUAUAAUUGAGAUGAACUUCUUAACAUUUACAAUUACUUUUUCUACCUUCUUUCUCCUUUAUGACUUAGCCUGGUGAUCCUAUUACUAACAUAGAUCUCCUAAACCACUCUAGAUGGCUUUGGUGUUAACAGACGGGACUCAAACACCAGAACCCAGCCCAGAAGAAGCCGAAGAUAACCUCAUUGCCGCAGCACAAAGUUUACACAACAAGGAUAUAGACGUGCUUGCUCUCGGAAUUGGAAGGGGCGUCGAUCCAUUUCAGUUACUCAACAUAGCAUCGAAUGAGAAUAAUCUGUACGUCGCUAAGGCCUUCGAUGAAAUCUUGAACGUGGUCGGACAGCUUACUAAACGGGAAUGUCUAGGUGAGUUAAAUGAUACAAAAGUUUAAUAAAACCAUAUACUGACGAGAUACAUUUUUUGACUCCGAAGAUUUAAGUUUCUGGAAACAUCAGCCACUGUCAGCAACAGUCCUAUUCGAGACUGCACUCUCCGGGGGGUUACUCAACAAAGUUUUAUGCCGGGGGGGCUCCGCCCUGAGGUCCAACACUUUCCCUCUGAUAUACUAUUUUGACAGAGAAGGUAGCCACUUUCACAUACCUAGAUAAGAACACUGCACCCCCUUUAACUCUUGUGUAAAUGUACCGUCUUUGAAAUAUGAAAAAAUGCUAUACCAGUAUGUCUUGUAGCAGGGGCGGAUCUAGGGGAAGGAUGCAGGGGGUGCGCACCCUCCCCCCCCCAAAAAAAAAAAAUGACCGGCGGGUUUCUAAUAAAACUGGAAUUACGCAACAAAAAAAAACUAUAUGGUUUUUUUGUGUUGAAGUACAACAAGAGACGGACGCACCCCCUCAUAAAAAAAUUCUCCAUCCUCCCCUGUGUAUACCUUCUCCAUACUCUAAAAUCUUUAUGUCUUUUCGCGGCGGCGGUCUUAGGGGAAGAAUGCAGGGGUGCCCCACCCUCACCCCCCCAAAAAAAAAAAAUGACCUGCGGUUUUCUAAUACAACUGGUAUUCUGCAACAAAAAAAAACUAUGUGGUUUAUUGGUGUUGAAGUAGAGCAAGAGACGAGUGCACGCCCUCCUAAAAAAAUCCUGCAUCCGCCCCUGUGUAGACUUUCUCCCAGCUAUAAAAUGUGUCUGUUAGCCCCGUUAGGUCCUUUUACAGACCGAAAUGAUUGAUUUCCCUACCCUUUCAUAUGGUUCAAAUGGUAAAAUCCCUACACUUUGCAUAUCUGAACCCUGAAAAUGGUACCCCUUUCGGGUGGAGCCUCCCCUUAUAAGCCAUUAUAGGGCUUACCUCCACAGAGUACACUCACUCUGUCGGACAUAUUGCACAUACUUAUGACAUGACUCCUGGGUUUAUAGUGUUUGCUUCACAAACAAUAAUGGAAAAACGAAAACUGUGAAACCAGUGAAUCAAAUGUAUUUUUCUUUCAGCUUGUUCCGAUCCUGUUGAUGUUGUUUUCGGAAUACCAACGUCCCAGAACAUCUCAGUCGAACGUUUUCAAAGCAUGAAGGAAUUUAUAAGCCAGACUAUCGAUUCAUUGGAUGUUGGUCCCAUGAAAGUGCACGUUGGUCUAGUAACAUACGGUGAGACUGCAUCAACGAUCUUAAAGAUGGACCAACUUAAUACCAAGGACGCCGUGCAGACUUUGACAAACGGUAUCACCCAGCAAGGAAAUGAAGGCAACGAAGUCUCUGCCAUAGAUGAAGCCUUCCACGUCACUUUCACAAUAUUUGGGGGUGUAAGACAGCAAGCUCCCAAAUCAUUUAUUCUUCUUGUACCCGAAGGCUCCAUGAACAAGCGACAAGAAAUUCUUGCCGCUGCCAGAAGACUUAAGAGCUUGGGAGUGAAGCUUGUAACUGUGGGAGUUGGUGGAGGGGUAGAUUCCGACCUUUACAAGCUUGCAUCAUCUCAGCCGUCUUCCAAGUUCUUUUACAGAAUUCCAGAUCGUGGUGAUCUGAGAGCCCAGAGUAGAGAUGUUGCCAACGUUGUUUGCAAAGGUAAUCUUUGCGGAGUAUAGUGAAAACCCGCGAGUAAUUAAGAACCUGCAUAUGAAGUAUGCAAAUAUUAUCACGUUUUCAUUUUGCUUAUUAUUACAAAGUAUUUGGGGAACGUCAGUAUAGUAAUCUGUUUUCUGAAGACUCUCCAGGAGAAUUUGUUUGAUUUAAUUAAGAUGUAAAUUGAGAUUCCUCAACGACUUGAGAGAUUGAGGUUGUCCUUCCAGCUCAUUCCCAGCUUUCUCAUUACGAGGUUUGCAAAGUUGUUUAUUUUAUCUUCUAGGUAAAGCUGGAAGGUGCCCUCUCCUUCCUCCUCGUCCUCCUCUCAGCUGUUCCGAACUUAUAG